AUGUUACGCUGGUACCAAGCCAAACUGGCUGCAAGGCCCAUCCUGACCACCAGCAUCAGCAGUGCGGUACUAUUCGGCAGCGGAGAUGUCCUAGCACAGCAGGCCGUUGACCGCCGAGGUCUUGAGAAGCAUGACUUUGCGCGCACCGGUCGCAUGGCUCUCUACGGUGGAGCCGUGUUUGGUCCUGCUGCUACUCAGUGGUACCGUAUUCUCCAGCGUCACAUCAAUCUCAAGAGUAGAGCCGGCACCACUAUCGCCCGUGUCGCAGCGGAUCAGAUGGUGUUUGCUCCGAUUCAAUUAACUUGUUUCUUAUCCUCAAUGGCGAUUAUGGAGGGGUCUGACGUUUUGGAGAAGUUACGCCAUUCCUGGGUGCCCAGCUACAAAGCCAAUUUGCUGGUCUGGCCCUUUGUGCAGGCUGUGAACUUCACAUUUGUGCCCUUAGAUAUGCGUGUUCUAGUGGUCAAUGUGGUCAGCUUAGGUUGGAACUGCUUCCUAAGCUUGUUGAACAGCGGCGAAGAGUAACGCCGGUGUACUCACCUUUAAGAUCUUUGACUUUCAGUAUAUUCCCC